AGCUUUUCUUCCAAGGAGCAAGCGUCUUUUAAUUUCAUGGCUGCAGUUACCAUCUGCAGUCAUUUUGGAGCUCCCAAAAAUAAAGUCUUGACAGGUGAAUCCCAUUGGGGGGGCCCGCGGGGGCUCAGUCUUCCAGAUCAACGGGUGGGGACAGCGGCUGAGAGUGCGAGGAAGUCGUUCCUUUUCCGAGUUGCUCUCUUCCAGGCUUGGUCCAGUUGUUAUCAUGGCCCGUGGAAAUCAACGAGAACUUGCCCGCCAGAAAAACAUGAAGAAAUCCCAGGAAAUUAGUAAGGGAAAAAGAAAAGAAGAUAGCCUAACUACUUCUCAGAGGAAGCAGAAGGACUCUAAGAUCAUGCAACAAAUGCAGAAGGCAGCCAAUGAGAAGAAGUCUAUGCAAACAAGAGAGAAAUGAUGACUAUUUGGAAAACCUGGGUGCUACUGCUAACUAGGUGUAUCAUAAGCUCUGUGAUCAAGAUUUCAUAGAUUGAACAGUCAGUACAUAUGUUAUAUCCUUAUAAAACUAUUUUAAACUUGUCCUUUCAACCUGACUUACUGUGAUGUUUCAGAACCAUUCUUCAAAGAAUAAAACACUAA